CCGGUCUCUUCCCGCGCAUCCCCGUCGUCAUCUGCGCUUGCUCCGUUUAUGCGCGUGCCAUGCAUUUGUUUGUUUACCCGCAUGCUCAUCUGAGGGGAGAGAAUCACCGAGGAGUCAAUACCGCGACGCCGCUGAGGAAUCAAAUUAAUAUUCAUAUUCCAUCAGCCGCUGAAUGUGGUCGUCCGAUUCUUCAGAUUCGAAUAAUGUUGUAUCUUCGUGUGAGACGAACGAAACCGCAAGCUCGAAGACCACUUUUAGCGAUGAAUAUCACAAAUACUAUCCUCGUGUACUUAUUGUCGUAAGAAAUUCAUGCGACUACGGAGGAAGACCGAAUAUGGAAGAAGACCGUUUAUUUUUCGCUGAAACGCCAAUUGCUAGAUCAACUCCGAAAGUUUCGCGUUUCAAUAAUCCGCGACAAAGUAGCUUAUCAGCGUGGACUUUUGAUUUCGCAAAAGGAGAAAACGAUGCCCGGCUUGGAGCGGCUUAAUCGCUGCGGCCGUCUGAUCGAGGGGGCACGACGGGAUUUCCUGAAAUAUUAUCUGAAAAAAUGUCCGACCCUAUUUCACAUCUGCUACGAUCCGAUAGGCACCCAUCGGAAAGCGAGGGCCUUCAUCGGAUUUCUCUUCGGAUUUGUCGCAGCUGUCGUGUUGUACGAGGGCAUAAUCGUCGAUCUACGAUUUGACACGUAUACCAGUAUCUCUCUGGGAGCCAUCCUUGUCGCGAUGCUAUCGAUAGGAUGCGCAUCAUCGAUACAGGUGAGAUGCAUCUGUCUUUUGACAAUACCGACCUUCCUCGGCCGAUCCGGACGCAACGUUUUGAGGGCUCUCGUUCUGGGAUACGUAAUAGCGGGACCGAUAUUCAAUUUAACGUACAAUGGAAAGGAGGUGGUGAGAACUUUUGCUUGCACGAUGCAAUUGACGUACAAUCUCACCCAGACGCGCUUCGAUCUUAUGUUCAAGCCGUUUCAGCAGGCGGUGCUCGCCAUGAAAGCGGAUGCGAGCGAGCUGAAGGAUACUUUAUCCUCGGUGAGAGAUCUGAUGAGUCCGAUAGUCGAGGAAAUCGAAGGCGAGGAGGAGAUGCGGAGGCUGAAAGAGGAGAACGACUAUUUGGACGAGCUCCAGGACGAUACGAGGAGAAGCGACGAGAUCGAGGAGAAACAUGAGAAAGAGAUCGCGAACGCGAAGUCCGAGGCGGAUGUUUACGAGGCGAAGUACAAGAGGAAGAUUGAGGCGCGCUGCGAGGAGCAGCUUAGCCGCGGCGCCGAGCGGUGCAGAGAUAUGUUUGGUAACGCUUACGACAAGUGUUACGAUACGGUGACGGUCUUUGCGGCCUGGCUGCUCUGCUGGCCGAUGAAGCUCACCUUCGUGUGCAAUCUGGUGCAGGCCCUCGGUGGUUCCAACAUCUGCGAUCCCGAAGGGAAAGUGGACGCCGGUGUCGGCGAGGGUUACGUCGCUUUAAAAAGGGCCAGGGAUUCGUUCAGCAAAAGUCUCAAGGACGCGAAACUACAGUAUAAAGUGAAGAAGAUGCCGGUGAUUCUCGACCUUCACGACGCCACAGAUGCUGCUAAGGCGGUGAUGCACGAAUUCAACGCACGCAGAAAAGUCUUUGAGUCAGUGAUGAUGAUUAUCAAAAGAUGCCUGUCCUUUGUUUUCCUGAGAAUCAUUGUAAGUGCUCAGACGUAUCACGAGAAAUACCUGAGCGAGAUCGAGCAUGAUAACGUGUACGUUACUCCGUACUUCCGAAAGAUCGACGCGAGACGGAAGGCUCGCGGUAGUCUGACUUUGCUGCCGCUAAAGAAGAUCGAGAGAUCGAAAUUCGUGGAUCCGUAUAGCCUGCGGCCGAGCAAAGUCGAGCGAGUGCAUCUGACCGGGCAAACGGUGAAGUUGAUCCUCGAGAUAAUCAGCGUGACGACGUUUGUACUGAUGGACAGACUCUUCUUUGAAGCGCUCGAUUUGGUCAGAAGACACUCCUACAUGGAAUAUACGCAGGCGGGUCAUCAUGACCUGGCCUUGGAGAUUCGCGGAAUCGGAGUGAUAGCCUCUCUUAUACGUAGCGUCAUCCGCGGAUUCAACGUGAAGAGACGAAUUAAGACCGUGGUGACCAACAGCGCGUGCUUACCGAGAGCCAGCAGAGUACCGAAUUACAUGAUCCUCAAGAUAUACUUGAUCUACCUCGCCAUUUGGAUGUUGCUGUUCACCGCCGCUUACACCCAGCGAUUGCGUCGCGUGAUCUGCUCGUUCUUCUACAGGAAGCGCGAGAAGAGACGUGUGCUGUAUCUCUACAACGAAAGCCUGAGGCGCAGACUCGGGCACGUCAGAUUCAUGCGAGCCAGGAUCAAGACUCUGGUCAGGACUCGUCGGCUGGAGUACGACAUGGACCCGUGGGUCGCCCUGAGGCAGCGCUGGCCGGCGCUCUGCGGCUGGUUGGUGAUCUUCGCCUGGGCUCGUCACAAGUGCCUCGUCUGCGGCGAAGUGGAACCGCGGAGAGGUCCUCAGUUCCGCAGAUGCACGACGCCCGGAUGUCCCUUCGUCCACUGUCCCGAGUGUUGGGACGAUAUCGGCAGGAUUUGCUACGCCUGCACGGACAUCGGCGAGACAGACGACGACACGGACGAAUUUGACAUACUCGCAAUAGGAUAAAAGGG